AGUGGUCACUUGGGAUAGGAUAGUGAAGUGGCCAACCAGUGGAGCCGGUGUGCCCCUCAUCACCAGAUCAAAGGACUAAUUGACCCUUUGACACUCAACAGGGGAGUGGACAGACAGGACAAAUGAGAGAUCUGUCUUUCUGCAGCAGUUAAUUUCCUCCAGAUGGAACUAGUCUGUAACCUAUAUUUGGAGUAUGAAAUUUCGAUUUGUUGACAUUUUUACUGUCAAAAACUUCGUUUCCCCCCGAAUUCAUAUCGACUCGGUUUGCAUCUAAAUGUAACCAAUUCGCAAAUAAUAGGCAUCCUUUUCGUUUGCAAUAACACAUUUACAUUAAUAUCAUGAUAAUUAAAAGUGCAGUACAAAAUCACCCAAAUCGAAUAAAUUGAUCAAAUAAAACAAACAAUCCAAAAUAUAUUUGAUCUCACUUUAUCAAUUCGUUAUUGAACUAUAUCAGCGAGUGAGGUUGUGGUUGUGGUUGUGUUUUGGCCUGAGCCUGCCUUUCUCCAUGGGGUAAGAACGUCCUCUUCACCACGAUCUAAACCCGUCCGUCUGUUGUUGGAAACUGACUGAUUGACUAACGGAACAUCUUGCACUCCCAUUCAAACAGGGAUGAGUCAAUCCCUGUGUUAAAUUCAAAGCGAAACCAUGAAAUUAGCUGGCCUGUAAACCAGAGGGAAUAGCAAUGAUUCAUGGAAAAUCACUUUUGUGUCUUGUGUGUAACGGGAAUCCACMAAAAAAAAMURCAAACACAUAGAAAUKAUCAGGUUUAGGGAAAGAUAAAUGAAAGCCCAUCUAGUGUGUUUUUAAGUUAUGUUCAAAACGGAAAAAUAUGCUUAAAUUCAAACUUAAAUUAAUGUGGUCUGACCACCUCAAUCACAUAUUAACUGUACACUAUUUCACAAUGAUUAGGCUACGUUCAACAUUUAUCCACUAGGCUACUUCAUCCAAAAUWAAACCAUGUCUAUUUCAUAAUGUCUUGCACAUAUGAACUAUAUUCAUAUCAGAAAGCACAACAGAAUAAAAAUAUACACGUUGAAUUUAAAUUGUUCGAAUGUUUUAAACCAACAGUUUUCUUGAACUUUCUGACAGGCAUGGUAAAUCACAAGGACACUCCCUUCAGGCCUUCGCUCAUUGGUCAUCUGAGAUAACGGUCCGGGUAAAGACACGCCCACUGGAGCAUCAGGCCUCUUUAUAUGCAGCCCAGAGUCCUGGUUAUGAUCAAGCCGCCAAGGGCAACCUCAGACUUCAGCUGCUAAAACCACACUGCGCCCCUUUACAGUAGUCGCUGCGCUUUACAGUGGAACACGUUUAUUCGGAGUGCUUGGAUAAAAACGUGCGCACUACAAAUAUUAGUACAUAGAAGACAGCUGAAGUGAUCUCCGCCUAAUCUCUUGGGAUUUUUGGCAGAACAGAAAAGUUACCAUGGAGUUGCCGGAUAUUCCUUUCCCUAUCAGCUCUCCAGAUGACUUCUACGAUGACCCUUGCUUCAACACCAGCGACAUGCAUUUCUUUGAGGACCUGGACCCGAGACUCGUUCAUGUGGGUCUCCUCAAGCCGGACUCCGACCACCAUCACAAAGAGGACGAGCACAUCCGGGCACCGAGUGGGCACCACCAGGCCGGCAGGUGCCUCCUGUGGGCCUGUAAAGCCUGCAAGAGGAAGACCACCAACGCUGAUCGCAGGAAAGCGGCUACCAUGCGGGAGAGAAGGCGACUGAGCAAAGUGAACGACGCCUUCGAGACACUGAAGAGAUGUACGUCCACUAACCCAAACCAGAGGCUGCCCAAAGUGGAUAUCCUGCGGAAUGCCAUCAGCUAUAUUGAGUCUCUCCAAGGCCUGCUUCGUGGGGCCGGACAGGAGAGCAACUAUUACCCGGUGAUGGAUCACUAUAGCGRGGACUCGGAUGCGUCCAGUCCCCGCUCCAACUGCUCAGACGGAAUGAUGGAUUUCAACGGCCCGUCUUGUCCACCAACACGGAGAAACACGUAUGACGGCACCUACUUCAACGAAACACCAAAUGAUUCCAGACACAAGAAGAACUCUGUUAUUUCCAGUUUGGACUGCCUGUCAAACAUCGUGGAGCGCAUCACCACGGAAACCUCUGCCUGUCCCGCUGUUCAGGACGGUUCCGAGGGUAGCAGCCCCUGUUCUCCGGAGCUGGUUUCCAUAGGGAGUGAGAACGGAGCCCCCAUCCCGUCCCGCAUCAACUGCGUCCCCGCCAUGCAUGACCCAAACACCAUCUACCAGGUGUUGUGAAGUUGGGUCGGUGGACUGCAUACAGUAAUUGUACAUUCUUCAAAACACAACUUAUUCCUUAAGGGGAGAGAAAAAUGCAAAGACUGCCAAAGGUCGCUACAAGGCUACACACCAAAGAAGUUCCGAUGCCGGCUUUGAAAGACAUUAAAAAAUGACGGUGUCCAAUUUCUGAAAGAACCCUUGGUCUACAUUGGAUAAUGUGUGUGUGUGUGAAUGUAUGUGUGUGAAUGUAUUUAUACUGUAGUAGGCCUGUGCUAUUCUAAGAUAGUACAAGUCUGAAUUCAUAUAAACGGAUACAUUCUAUUUGUGAUCGACAUAAUUUAAUUAAGGGAUUAUCUGUAAUAUGACCAUUUCCAGUUGGCAAGGCGGAAAGCCUGAGAUAAAUGAAUCCGGAAAGUGAGGACCAUUUUGUAUAUGUGUAAAUAAGAGCUGUUUUGCAAAAAA